GGAACUACAGAGUUUAGUCUUUUGCUCGUGUUGGUGUCACCCAACGAGGUGCAGGGACUGUCUCCCUCGGUCGAGUCGCGAAUUGUGCUUGCUACGAUUGAUCGAGCAAAAGACUUUUGCUCGUGUUGGUGUCACCCAUCGAGGUGCAGGGACUGUCUCCCUUGGUCGAGUCGCGAAUUGUGCUUUCUACGAUUGAUUGAGCAAAAGACUUUUCACGUAGCCCGUCAUGAGGCCGAUUCUGCUGAAGGGGCAUGAAAGGCCAUUGACGUUUUUGAAGUAUAACAGAGACGGAGAUCUCUUGUUCUCCUGCGCGAAGGAUCACAAUCCCACUGUCUGGUACUCGCACAAUGGAGACCGCUUGGGCACUUACCGUGGCCACAACGGUGCCGUCUGGUGCUGCGACGUCUCGAGACACACAGAGCGUUUAAUCACAGGUUCUGCUGAUCAGUCAGCUAACAUUUGGGAUGUGGAGACCGGAGCGAAGCUGCACACGUUCGGCUUUGAGUCACCGGCCAGGGCUGUUGAUUUUGCCGAAGGGGAUAAAUUGUGUGUUAUUAGUACCGAUCCCUUCAUUGGCGCCCCAUCUGAAAUUCACGUCAAGCGUGUGGAGAAGGAUCACUCCAAGCAGAGCAGCGAAUCUCUUUUUGUAAUCAAGGGACCUACUGGACGUAUCAACCGAGCUGUGUGGGGUCCUCUCAACAAGACUAUCAUCAGUGCUGGCGAAGAUUGCCUCGUGCGUAUGUGGGAUGCCGAGACAGGAAAGCUGAUCAAGCAGAGUGACCCAGAUGCUGGACAUCAGAAGGUGGUUUCAUCGCUUGCCAAGUCAGCUGACGGAUCCCAUUUCAUCACCGGUUCUCAUGACAAGUCAGCCAAGUUAUGGGAUAUUCGCACUUUGGAAGUGCUGAAGACAUACAGCACCGAAAGACCUGUAAAUGCCGCGGCAAUCUCACCUCUUUUGGAUCACGUUGUUAUCGGAGGAGGUCAAGAUGCGUCUCAGGUGACAAUGAGUGACAGAAGAGCAGGAAAGUUCGAAGCCAAGUUUUUCCACAAGAUAUACGAGGAGGAAAUUGGCGGUGUCAAGGGACACUUUGGGCCAAUUAACGCCCUUGCAUUCAACACAGAUGGCAGAAGCUUUUCGAGUGGGGGAGAAGAUGGUUACGUUCGCAUUCAUCACUUCGACGCAGAUUAUUAUCACAUUAAGAUGUAAUAACAUUUAUUUAUGCGUAUGUCCUGUAUAUGAUAACAUGUCACGUGCAGUAAAAGAUAAUCUCUUCUCCCAGAGUCAUAUACCGUCCUUGAAAAAUUUUGCAGACUUAGAAGUUUUCAUUUGCAAAUGUUGGAAUAUUGUUAUUCAAGAAAAAAGUUCCGGAAAUUCAAUUCCAACGUACAUUGUUUUCCAAAGUAAUUUGAACGAAGUUGUGCCUCA